AAGACAACCCCAUCAAAGAAAAAAUCUACUUUUAAUUUUUUCAUGGAGAGUACUCAAGAUUUUUCAUCUAUUAAUUGUGAAAUACAAAUCAUAAGAGCAAGGAACAUAGAACAAAGUUUAUUAAGAAACAGCAACUUGUUUGUUAGAUGUUAUCUUCCAACAGGAAACAACCAAAGAGUUAAGCUUAACACCCAAGAAAUCUCAUCAAAAUCAGACUUGUUUUGGGAUGAAUUUUUCUCAUUGGAUUGCAUGGGAAAUCAAGACUCCUUUAACAUGCUGAAGAGAGGAACAGUCCUUUUCGAGCUCCGGUCAAGAAAAUAUCAUUCAGUUUUUGGGAAAAAUAUUGGUGGCUCACAACUCUUGGGUAGAGUUGAAAUUCCAUGGGAAAAAGUAUUUGAGUCAACAAAAAUGGAGAUAGAGGAGUGGGUAAUAUUCAUGGCAACUUCUAAGAAAAAUAUUGAAGAUGUGAAACCUCCAGCAGUGAAGAUAGCAAUGAAGGUCAAAGUAAAUGAGGCAACAAAAGUUAGGAAUAAUAAUAAUAGAUUGAGAAGAUCAUUGGAUGAGUCAUGUACUUGCAAGGGUUAUUGUGGGUGCAAUAGUAAUAGUAUUUUCAGUGCUGAUGAUUAUGAAAUAUUUGCACUUGGAGUUGCUUUAGAUGCCCUUUAAUUUGGUUUGGAUUAAAUUUUUUAGUGAUUUUCUUGCAUUAGUUAUAUUCUUGUAUGUUUUGUAGUUUUGGUAGAAUACAAAGAUUUUUAUCUUCGCAGA